CUUCACUUUUGCAGUACUUAUCCCGCCAUGCGGACUCAACUUUACCCUUUAGAAGUUAUGUACUGUAUUUACAUAAAUAGUUCAAAUCUAUAGACUACAUACCUGAAAGCAGACACUGUACCUCUAGUAUUGGUAUUUAAAUACAUCCAUAAACAUCAAGCUCUCCUAUGAUUAAUUUACUUCAUUGAAAGCUACAUAUUUUAUAUACAUACACAUCAAGAAGUCAAUAUGAAUCCCGAGUACAUACAAGUCUCAGAUGAGCACUCCAACGAGGUAAAGACAACAAUAGAACGCGUCAACAACGAAGAAAGAACCUUAACAUAUUCCGAAGCCCAGGUUAAGAAGACAAAGGGGAUACCUUUUGGUGCAAAACUUGGUUUAAUCGAUGGGCGUGUGUAUGCUAUCUGGGUGUAUCAUAGAGAAGAAGGGCCUAAUACCGGGGCCAAGCCCGCGUUUUUAACGGAUACAGUACGCACAGCAGCGUAUAGGAGCGGGUUAAGAUUCGGUACCGAGGUGACACAUGUGAAUGAUUUGCACGUUAUCAAGGACUUUGGAGGGGAUCUGGAGGCGUGUGAGAGGUAUAUGAAGGAGGAAACGUUUGUCAAGCUUAAUACCAUUAGUCAUAUGGAAACACAUCGUAUGCCUCGUGAUAAGACUCGGAACCUAGGUUUGUCGUUUUUGGGAGAUGGGACUAUUGCCAAGGUGGAGCCAGGAAGUUUAGCGGAAGAUACUGGUCUAAGUGUGAGAAGGUGGAUAUAUUGUGUGGACGAAAAACAUCAUACACUCGGACGCCCUCCCCAAGAAAUACACCAAGUGCUCAAGAAUGUGCUCAAUGUGAAGAUGAACAAACACACUGCGAAUUUGAUGAACCCUGCUACUGUAGAAAAGUAUUUAAGCGGGUUUAGUGUGGUAUGUGUGCCUAAGUCGCUUGGGAAGGAGUUGGAAAGGAUCGGAAACGAGAUAUGUGAGAGGAAGCGCAGCAAUCUGGUGUAUGAUAUAAACUAUGCAUUGGACCAUAAUAUGCAGGUGUACAACCCGGAUCCUGCGGCUGGAUCAAGGAUGAGAAAGUACCAACCUCAAGCUAAACUGAGUAAGACAUAAAUAUAUAUACAUAUAUAUAUAUAUAUAUAUAUAUAUAUAUUGUGUUAGUGUAUGUAUAU